CUGCUCGCUCGCCCGCUCGCGGCUCGUCGUCCGCCAGACGCCCAGACCGCCGCCUCCAAAAGUCCCAGCACCGUGCCACCGUCUGCUCGCGCGCUCCUCCUCCGUGCGCAACCGCAUCACGCGGCGGCAUGGUUGACUGCCCGCGGCUGCUUCUGCCGGCCCCUCGCGUCGCUGCCGCUCAAUACACGCGCUGCGCCGCUGGAUGUUGGUCGAACCAGGGACGCGCUCCCUUCUCCGUUUCUUUCAGCCACCUCCGCCGCUGGUGGAGCUACGUUUCUGUGCGAUCCUCGUCCUCUGGGGCCGGAAGCCAGUCAAGCGUUGCGGAUGAACCAGAGGCUGCAGAAUGGGCCUUGCAGGAUUUCUACAUUUUGCGGAAGGAUGUUGAGUUGGCUCUUGAGCGUGUCAAUGAAGUCAGGCAGUCUGCCGGUUUGCAACAGCUCGAGGAGGAUAUCGCUUCGCUUGAGAACAAGUCCAGUGAUAGUUCCUUAUGGGAUGAUCCUUCCAAGGCACAGGGGAUACUUGUUUCUCUGACAGAGGUCAAAGACAAAGUGAAGCUUCUCAACGAUUUCAAGUUACAGAUUGAAGAAGCAGAGACUAUUGUGAAGCUUACAGAAGAAUUAGAUUCUAUAGAUACUGGUCUUCUUGAGGAGGCCUCAAAGAUUAUAAAGGCAUUAAAUAAGGCAUUAGACAACUUUGAGAUGACACAGCUUCUUUCUGGACCAUAUGAUAAGGAAGGUGCUGUAAUUAAUAUUUCUGCUGGCGCUGGUGGCACUGACGCUCAGGAUUGGGCUGACAUGUUACUAAGGAUGUAUGUAAGAUGGGGAGAGAAGCAGCGUUAUAAGACACGAGUAGUUGAGAAAUCACCUGGUGAAGAGGCCGGUAUAAAAUCAGCAACUGUUGAACUAGAGGGAAGAUAUGCUUAUGGCUAUCUCUCUGGCGAGAAAGGGACACACAGGAUUGUCCGUCAAUCACCAUUUAAUGCUAAAGGGCUUCGGCAGACAAGCUUUGCUGGUGUUGAGGUUAUGCCUCUUCUACCAGAGGAAUCCAUGGCUGUGGACAUACCUGAAGAGGACCUGGAGAUAAGCUUCACAAGAGCUGGAGGUAAAGGAGGCCAGAACGUGAACAAGGUGGAAACGGCUGUUCGCAUGGUUCAUAUUCCAACUGGAAUUGCAGUUCGUUGCUCAGAGGAGAGGAGCCAGCUGGCCAACAAAAUAAAGGCCCUCAGCCGGCUCAAAGCGAAGCUGCUGGUGAUCGCCCUGGAGCAGCGUGCAUCAGAAAUCAAGCAGAUCCGUGGAGACAUUGUGAAGGCAGAGUGGGGGCAGCAGAUACGCAACUACGUCUUCCACCCCUACAAGCUCGUCAAGGAUGUCAGGACAGGGUGUGAGACGUCGGACAUCACUGGCGUAAUGGAUGGAGAGCUAGAUCCCUUUAUCAGAGCAUACCUUAAGUACAAGCUAACUGCGGCAGCUACCAGCUGAUUUUGUUGGGGAGCAUAGCGAUGAGUGAUACUUACAUCCAUUGUAUUAUGUUGUAGUAUGAGUUUUUCAUCUCUCUCUCUCUCUUGAUUUAGUAUAAUUUCAUAGCACUAGCAAUCUAGCAUUGUAUUUAUUGAUCUAGGAAUCGAAGUGGAAACAUGGGUUUUGCUUCGAGUUCUACAAUAAGAGUUUGAUCGAAUUGCAUGA